AAACUCUAUAUGUGACGGUCGUGUCGCGUCGCUACAGAUCCGCGCUUCGAUCGAUCUUUACCUCGUGUUCUGUGCUUUGCGUAAAACUUGGAUUUGUGUGCGAUGUGCUAUGGAGUUUGUUUUCAGUGACCGCCCCUUGAAAAGGGCUUAAAAUUGUGCUUGUUUUAUUUUAACUGAAGUGUAGCAAAAGGUGUAAAGAUGCUAAAGCACGUGGCGGUGUCGCCGCACCGCGCGCGUGCCGACUCCGUCAGCCUGGCCUCCACUGCAUCUUGCUGCAGCCUCGGCAGUUUGGAGCAGCGCCACGACUCUGUCGGCGAUCUAUCGCACCGCACGACGACGAUAAAGGUGUACGCGCGCUGCCUGCGACCGGACAUCGAGUACAAGACGCUGUCGGUGACGUGGGGCACACGCGCUCGCGAGGUGGUGGCGGCGUUGCUGAGCAAGUUCCGUAUGCGCCACCGCGACCCGCGACUCUUCUACCUCAGCAUGGAGGUGCGCGUGCGCGCCGCCGGACUACGUACAGCACUUGCGCUUGAUGACGACGCACGCCCCGCCGCGCUGCAGGCUUGCCACCCCAAGGGUUACUCCAAAUUCUCGCUGCAGAUGCGUCCAGGUGGUCUGGUAAAAAUCUACGACUCGGCGUUGAUGUCCUCCUCGCAGUACAAGUGCCUGCUGACUAGCGAGCGCACCACCGCCGACGAGCUGCUGGCUAUAUUGCUGCACUGCUACGACUCCACGGAGGGCGUCGAAAGGUUCUCACUCUAUGAGGUAUGCCCUUCUCAAGAGUAUGAGCGAAAACUACACCCUGACGAUUUGCCGUUGCUGGUACAGAGGGCGUGGCCCACGGAUAGCGACUGUCACUUCCGAGUGCGACGGAACCCGCGCGCCCCUCCUUUACCUCCGAGGACCAUACCUCCACCGGUAGAGACGCCGCAGGAAGACGAGGAACCUUCCAGAGCACUGUCGGCACUAUCUCUCGAAUCUGACGACGACAAUAAGAGAUACAGCCCAGUCUACAAGUUCCCCAGCAUAAGUUACUGUAGAGAAACGAAAAACGACUACUUGUACAUAUGACUAGCGAUGCGCCUGGUUAGGAUCAAGUCUGCUAUAGAAGGACGUAAGCCGCGUGCUCGGGUUCUGAAGAAAAGACUCUUGUGAAGUGUAAAUAAGGUUCGUUUUGUAUAAAGUGUAUAUAGUGGUAAUCAUUGGUACCUCGCAGGGUUGUUUAGAGGUGCGAAACCAAAGAGAUAAUGUAGAUGGUGAAAUCUAUGAGUGUAAGAUGGAUACUGUAAAGUUAGCAAGGUAGAUCAGGUGAGGUGAGAAGCGAAUCUAUUAAUUUACGACAAGACCAUACCAGGUGAUGAACAUAGGAUAUAUUUUUGCACUUAACACAGGAUGACAAUAAAAAUUCAACCUAAACCAGAAUCUAAAUACACAAGUCCUGUAUUAUUUAUAAUUAUUUACAGAUGAUUGUAAAUAAUAAUUCUAAGAUUUAAUCAGAACCUGAAAAAAAAACUGAUAGAAUAUACAAAUAUGAUCUGACAAUGACAGAUGCUAAUUCGAGACCUGUUUAUUUUGAGGUUUUUAAU